UAUUGUUUACCUCUCGCUAUAUUUUUAAAUUAUGUUUCCUUCUGAUAUAAACUCGUCAUUUGCUUAAUUGUUUUUAAAGUUAAGAUGGAUGCACAUCAACAGGGUCAUAACAAUACUACAAUUUAUUCUUCGCCUGAGGAUGUGUCGGAGAGUUCGCGCAGGCCUGAGUACCACGAUUUGCACUCACAUACGUCCCAGGAGUCUGAAGGGAGCCGCCACUCGCCGAUGCUGAGUUUCUUCGGUGAGGCGGAGUCGAAGAUAAUGUACGUAAUAAACAGGCACGGGGAGAAGGAGGACGUAUCGUUUGAUAAGAUUCUGAACAGGAUCAGGAAGUUAUCGCUAGGUCUGCACUCGUUAGUGGACGCUCCCAGAGUCACACAGAGUGUUAUUAACGGAAUGUACACUGGGAUCCGGACAUCAGAGCUUGAUGAACUGGCUGCACAAACCUGCGCCUACAUGGCCGUGACGCACCCUGACUACUCCCGUCUGGCUGCUAACAUAACAAUUGACAACCUCCACAAAAACACACUGAACGACUUCAGUGAGGUGAUUCGGACACUCCACAGCUAUAAACACGUGUUCAACACCAACGCCUCUUUGAUCAGCGACGACGUGUUUGAAUUUGUAAUGGCGAACAAGGACCGCCUGAACGCUGAAAUUGAUUAUUCCCGCGACUUUCAGUAUGAUUACUUUGGCUUUAAGACCCUGGAGAGGUCUUAUUUGCUGAAGACGAACGGGAAGAUCGUUGAGCGUCCGCAGCACAUGAUAAUGCGCGUUUCUGCAGGCAUCCACUGCGGAGAUUUGGAACGCACGAUCCAGACCUAUCACCUCAUGAGUCAACGUUACUUCACACACGCAACGCCGACUUUGUUUAACGCGGGAACCAGGCACCCUCAAAUGUCCUCUUGCUUCCUACUUGACAUGCAAGACGAUUCCCUGGCUGGGAUUUUUAACACCUUGAGCCAGUGCGCUUUUAUAAGUAAAUCAGCCGGUGGAAUCGGACUUGCAAUUCACAAAAUCAGAGCCAGCGGAUCAUACAUUAGGGGCACCAACGGCAUUUCCAACGGGAUCGUGCCCAUGCUGAAGAUAUUUAACGCGACGGCCAAGUACGUGGACCAAGGUGGUGGAAAACGUAAAGGCUCAUUUGCGAUAUAUCUGGAGCCUUGGCAUGCGGAUAUUUUCAAGUUGUUAGAUCUCAGGAAAAACCACGGCGCAGAAGACCAGCGUGCAAGGGAUUUAUUCUACGCGCUGUGGAUCCCAGACCUGUUCAUGAAACGAGUUGAGGCAAAUAAGAAUUGGACACUGAUGUGUCCAGAUGAGUGUAGAGGUCUGCACGAGGUUUGGGGAGACGAGUUUGAACGUUUGUAUACUCAGUAUGAGCAGCAGGGCUUGGGACGAAAGACAAUCCCAGCCCAGAAGUUGUGGUUUGCAAUUCUCCAGUCCCAAAUCGAGACUGGCACUCCGUACAUGUUAUACAAGGACGCAUGUAACGCUAAGAGUAACCAGCAGAAUUUGGGCACUAUUAAAUCCAGUAACCUCUGCUGUGAAAUCGUCCAAUUCACAAACAAGGACGAGGUUGCAGUGUGUAAUUUAGCUUCAGUAGCGCUGCCAAAGUUUGUUAACACGCAGACACGGACAUUCGAUUUCAAAAAACUCUAUGAAAUCUGCCGUGUAAUCACUUAUAACCUUAAUAAAGUAAUUGACAGGAAUUACUACCCUGUGAAACAAGCCAGGGUUUCUAAUUUCAGACAUAGACCGAUGGGUGUUGGGGUACAAGGCCUAGCAGAUACCUUCAUGCUAAUGCGGUACCCGUUCGAGUCAGACGAGGCUCGAGAACUUAAUAAACGCAUUUUUGAAACAAUGUACUAUGCAUGUUUGUCUGAGAGUAUUGAUCUGGCAAGGCAACUGGGUACUUAUGAAACAUAUGAAGGAUCACCGGCCUCCAAGGGUUUAUUACAAUUUGACCUUUGGGGAGCUAAGGUGGAUAAUUCGCUCUGGGACUGGGAUAAACUUAAAGCUGAUCUCCGUGAACAUGGGCUAAGAAAUUCCUUAUUCAUUGCACCAAUGCCCACGGCUAGUACUUCUCAGAUUCUUGGCAACAAUGAAUCGUUUGAACCUUACACUAGUAAUAUUUACUACAGAAGAGUGUUGAGUGGUGAGUUUUUCGUGGUAAAUCCUCAUCUGCUGAAUGACUUGAUUGAGCUAGGGCUCUGGAACGAGACAAUGAAACAGAAGCUAAUCGCCUACAACGGGUCACUAAAGCACAUUGACGAGAUCCCACAGCAUAUUAAGGAUUUGUAUAAAACAGUUUGGGAGAUUAAGCAGAAACACAUAAUCGACAUGGCGGCAGAUCGUGGCAUUUUCAUUGACCAGUCUCAAUCACUCAACAUUCACAUGGAACAGCCGACAUUCAGUAAGCUCACGAGUAUGCACUUUUAUGGCUGGAAAAAGGGUUUGAAAACGGGAGUUUACUAUUUAAGGACACAGCCGGCAACUGACGCUAUCAAGUUCACAGUUGACGCCUCGAUAUCACAAUUGGCGAAAAACAGAGCUAAACCCAACUCUAUCAUGAGUGACGGGAACCUGACCUCGAUCAUGGGUGAUGGGACAAUGUCAACGAUCAUGAGUGACGGGACAAUGUCAACCACGGAGACUCUGGACGUACUGCAACCCCUAGCGUCAGUUGAUGAGACUAGCAGAGACGAGUUCAGCAACGACGAACCGCAAAUCUGUUCCCUGAACCCAAACCCCAACGAGCCAUGCUUCAUGUGCUCUUCAUAACCACUUGU